GCGCACCGCACCGCUCCGACUCACGUGACUCACAGACCACCGCGCUCCAGCUCUUCGCGCAGGUUGUCACUUCUCUGCGCUUCUGGAUCUGCGUGGGUACUGUUACCAUACCGAUCAACAUUUACACUCGGCCUCUGUACAAUGGCUCUCAUCUCCAUUGAAGACCUCGCCGGAUUGGAUGAUGAGCAGCUGGAUGAUGACAUCACGGAUAACCCAGAGCCAAUGGAUGAAGAGGAGGAGGAGAGACUCUAUGCCCAUUGGCAGUCGGUGGCCAGCACCCACCAGGUGUCAGUUCCCACAGAAAUGAGGGGUCCGAUUCAGGAGAUGACCCGGCAGAACCAGCAGCAGGAAAGGGUGCCGUUCACCACCGUGUCCGAGCAUACGAAGCUGGGAGAGGUGGUGUACGAGGAGAGGGUGUACCCUGCAGGAAAGUGGGCCUGCAUCGCUCGGGAGGAGAAGCUGUAUGAGCAGAGCAUCUCCAUGGCCUUCAUGAAGCUCAUGCGCUACAUCUGCAAGGAGAACUCUGCAGGGCGUUACCUGGGCAUGACGGUGCCCGUGCUGAGCGAGAUCCGCAUGCUGGAGGACGGCAGCUUCUCCAAGGAGAUCCUGACCGUGUACUACCUCCCGGCGGAGUUCCAGGACAGCCCCCCCGAGCCGACGGACCCCGACAUCCGCAUCGUGCAGCGGGAGUCCCUGCGCGUCGUCACCAUGGUGUUUUUCGGCACUACCACCGAGGAGACCAUCACCCGGCAGAUUAGCCAGCUCUGGGAGCUCCUGGGCAGCACGGACUCCCUGCGCCGCGACCUCUACAUGGUGGCGGUCUACCAGAACCCGGGGGUGUCCUACCGCAAGAACGAGAUCUGGUUCAUUCGCCGAGACCCCUGAACCCCUGCUGACCCCCUACCCCCCCCCUGCCCUACCUCACACACCAACUCACAAACACACACGUUUACACAAACGCAACCAGGGGAUGUGCAUACACCAAAACACACAAACACUACCUUUCGUUCCCGCCUUUUGAUCUAAGCAGGAUUGUGGCUGCCACUGUUGCGUUCGUAAGACCGGAAACGGAGCGCGUUCCUGUCCGGUCCGAAGGCCUGUGGUCCAUUAUCGCCUGCGGUUGAUCCUGUGUCCCAUUCCGAAAGUUCGCCAUCUCUUAUUAUAGGCACUCAUUACAGAGAGACAAUCAUCUAGGUUCAUUUUACACUUUACCUUAACAGUCCUCUUUGGGAGGAAAAAAAGUUUUUGAUUAAUUUUUUUUUUUUUUUAAACAUUUUAUAUUUCUCCUUUAAACUCUGUUCUCAAAACCUUUAGCGAAGUAGAACGAGGUCACUGGGAGAAGCCAAAGAAAGUCAUACAAAAUUUACUACUUGCUUAACUUAUGUGUAUACAAAUAAAAUCAUAAAAAUAACAAUUAUGAAGAACAGAUUAAGUCAUAAGUAAUAAGUGAUCGUGAAUUAAAAAUGAAAUCCCUAAUAAGAAUUACAGGCCUCGUGCUUUCUGAUGAAAAACAUUUUAAAUGGUGAACACGAAUUGAAUGCAUACGGACUGGCUGAUACUGGUUAGAUAUUCACUGAAUACAAAAAUCACAAUAUACCUCAUGAAAUAUAGACAGGGCUUAUUAUACAAUUCUGCUGGUGUUUUCAUAAACACUUUUUGAGUCGUAGUUGUGGAUAAUAUUCUGGCAAUAAGUUCAUAUAUAUGUGCAUUCUAGAUGCAAUUGUCUGUUAUUACUUUUCAGUUUAGACUCCACUUUUUUAUUUUAUUAUUGUGGCAGAAGUGGGUUAAAGAACUUAACCCAACCCCCCCCCCCCCCACCCAACUCCCACCCCCAAAUGUACAGCACUCCCCUGUCACUUACCUCACUGUUUUACAGAUUUGUUCCCGAGUGCUUUUGAGAGACAUUUUCUUUAUCUCUUUGGAUUUCUUUGUUUGCCUUUUUCUUUUCUUUUUUUUGUAUUUUUGGAAAUUUCUCUCUAAGUUCCUUUGUCAGGGUUUGUGUCAUGGCUAUUGUUGCUGUGGUUAUUUUAAUUUUGUGGCAUUACAUCCUCUGAAUAUCUUCUGGGGAAAUACAGAAAAUUUAAUUUUCCUUUUUAUUAAUGUCUGCGCAGUUGAAGGAACUAAUUCUGUGUAUCACAUGUUUUUUAAAUCCACAACAGAUAAUAUGAAGUCAAUUUUUACAUUUAUGGUAGAUGUGUUUUAAACAAAGUAUUUGUAGCCAAGCGUUUACUUUAAGGAGAUUUGCUAACAAUAACAUUUUUAAAUUCAAUUUAUGUAUGUAUAUGCACGUGUAAUGUAAACAGACUUGUUUGCCAUAAUGGCAUUCCAGAUUUAGAAUUAUCCUUGACCUUUGUUAACUGGUAGGAUUUCUUGGAAAUGGAAUGUUUUGAAGUAGCGAUGCUUCUGCUGUUGCCUUAUGGUAGGCUAAUAUUCAAAUGACCCGUUUGAAAGGAAGGCCAUUUAAAGGUCACUGCUGUCCUCUUUUAGCUCAGGAACCUGACUGAAAACUGUGAACAGUAUACCUAAGCAUUUUUCAAUUGUUUUUUUAUUUUAUUUUAAUUUUAAAAUAAAUUAAUAGUUUUAACAACACAGCCAACCGAGAAAAAAAACGAUUAUUACAAUAUAGAGCUGGCCUCGAGAUGUACACUGGUAGAAGUCCUUACUUCUAUUACAGUUUUUUUUUUGGCAAACAUUAAUAAAAGGUCAACUAGACCACAGGGGAUUUCAUUUCUGGAAAAAGCAAACGACAAUCAUUUUCACGGAAGAGAAAGUGUUGGGAAGAUUUCGGUGACUUCUGUCAUGCGCCUGCUAGACUUUUACAGUUUUCUUGAAAUGUAGUUUAAAAGCCUACGUGACGUCUUAUUUUAUGUUUUCAGAUGUUAGCGCUUGUGUUAGCCUAUAUGUUCGUAUCCAACCCAAGUAGGCAUGCUUUGGGCUGUGUGACGUUUGUGGGGUGCAGCUUUUGAGUGGGGGAUUUUAUUACUCUCUUGUGCAGCUGCAGUGUCCGCAGUCAUAACUGCAGAAAUAAGGCCUCGUGAUAACGGCAUUGGGUGGGGCUAACAGUCACUUACUGAUCGGAACCAAUCAGUUGAGCCCUGCGGCGGUCUGUCAGAGGCAUCCGAUUGGUCGAAAGAAGUGAUUGACAGCUCCGUGUAGCUCCGCCCAUUAUGAUGACGUCGGCGAAACCGCCGUGCUUCUCUCGUGGCUCGUGCUCCGGCCGGCAGAACUGCCUUCACCGUUUCCACCGAUAGAAUCACAUUCCAGUCGGCUCCCCUCCUCGUGAAUCGCAUGACGUCUGCUUCGGUGAUUCCCUGCUUUCUUAACGCCUGUAGGCUGUUACGCCAGUCGUUUGUGUUGAAUAAAAGUCUUGCAGUCAGUAUA